AUGACUGGGAUUACAGAAUCCAUAGCAGAUGAAUCAAGUGCAGCUGACACAAGUUCUGGUAUAUCGCGAGCCUCAUCGAGAAGAGACUCGUAUUUUUUGAUAGACCGGCGGAUAUCUGAAGAAGAGACUCAAAGACGUCAUUCAUGGCUCGAAAAAAGGCGACUGAGUAUCGCGAGCACGCGAAAUAGCGCGCGAUUGCUGUAUGAAGUUAAGUUUCCUGAUACUUUUGGGGGAUUGUACUGCGCUAAGUAUUCUCCUGGAGGUGACAUAAUUGCUACUGGAUUCGGAACUGGUGCCAUUCAGAUAAGGAACGGAGAAAAUGGAGAAUUACGUACAACAUUAAGAAGUGGCCUGGAUACGUCACUUCCUGUCAUGUGUUGUCGCUUUAAUCCGAUAAUUCACAUUUAUCAAAGAAAUGAAUCGGAUUUAACAGAUGAAAAUAUUGAUAAUUAUCAUCGAAUGCGGAUAUUUUCAGCUAAAUUUCAUCAUAUAUAUGAAAAUUUAAUAAUUACCGGCGGUUGGGAUGACACAUUACGUAUAUGGGACAGAAGAGUUGAUGGAGGUUCAAUAAAAGUGAUGAAAGGCCCGCACAUAUGCGGCGAUGCAAUCGACGUUAGAGACACGCAGAUUGUCACUGGGUCCUGGGUCGUACGAGGAAGUCUCCAGCUCUGGGAUAUGACAGCCGGUAAACUUAUCGAUACUAUCGUACCAGAAAAUCGCCCGACUAGUUUAGAUGGAGAAUUUCUCUAUGCAGUUCAAUAUUUUGAUGGUGAUCCUUAUGGUGAACAUGUUCUUGCUGGCGGUUCUGGUACUGGAGCACUUGAAGUUAUAAAUAUUAAAGACAAAAAAGUUGUAGGACACUUUGAGGUCAGCAAAGCAAUAAUGACCCUAGACAGCAAUCGAAGUUCAAUUAUUUUUGGUGGAAUGGAGUCAAUUAUUCGUCUAGCAGAUUACAGUUAA